AUGAAUGCUAGACAUGUAUUCAUUGUUGUGUUGGUUGGGUCAGCUAUAUUCAUAACUAUGUAUUUUGGGAAUUUAGAGACAGUUCCAUAUACCAAGAGAAGCCACUGGAUUUUGUUAUCUAAAGCCAUGGUGAGGCAACUUGGGGAGGCUGAAUUCGAGAAACAGAAGGCGAGUUUCAAGGGUGUGAGGAUAAGGAUGAUAUCAAUGGAAAUCAUUGAUACCUUGCAGAGAGGGUUGAGCAAGGAACAAGUUUGGAGUGAUGUUGGUUAUGUCACAGGGUUUGAAGGGGAUACUGAGGAGACUUUGAAAUCGUUGACUAAUGCUAGUGCUUAUUGUAAGGCAGAGAGUGGUUGGCACAAGGAAGAUGAAAUCCUUGAUGACAGUUGGGUUCAGCAAAGUAGAAAGGAAGGGCCAGCUACCUCUCAUCUCGAUGGAUUGAAUUGGGAGGUGCUUGUUGUCAAUGAUUCGGUUGUCAAUGCCAUUUUGCUACCUGGUGGUAAGAUUGUUGUAUACAACGGAUUGUUAGAGCAUUUUAAAAGUGACGCUGAGAUUGCCACUAUAAUUGGACAUGAGGUUGGGCAUGCUGUGGCCAGACACAUCGCUGAAGGUUUGACGAAGAAUAGCUUCUUUUUUCUUGAGGCUACCAUUCUAUCGACGGAUGGAAAUGGAAGCUGAUUACAUUGGCCUGCUCUUGAUUCCGCCGGAUAUGAUCCACAGGUGGCGCCCACAGUGUAUCAGAAACUGGGAGAAGUCAACGGUGACUCGGCACUUAUGGAUUAUUUCUCCACUCAUCCAUCAGGAAGAAAGAGAGCAAGGUUGCUCUCCCAGGCCAAAAUAAUGGAAGAAGCAUCCACUAUAUACAAGAAUGCUAGGUCUGGAAGAAGUAUUGAAGGAUUUCUUUAGCAGAACUUAUAUUGCCACACCAGAAUCAACAAAGAACCUGUAGAUGAAACUUAAAAGAAUUCUGUUUUGGCCAAAAGAAAAGCUAGGGAAUUUUCUGUAUGAUGAAAUUUUGAACAAUUUAGUUUCAUAGAUAGAUGUUUGUUAUGUAAAGUGUUAAUUGUACAGCGCUUCAAAAGAAAAUUAAUGAUUAGAUCAUCUGAUGUAACAUCUCAAAGGUAUUUCUAAGGUAGAAGUGACUAUUUUUUCAUUGCUCAAUACAUGUUAUUGCAACAACCAAAUCAAGUGUAUGGUUGCUACUAUGCUCAUAUAAAAGGUUAAAAAAGUAUUGUUCAAUGUA